AUGAGUCAAACUGAUGCUCCUCGGCCUCUAAACUGGACCAUUCGGAAGCUUUGCCAUGCUGCCUUUCUCCCUUCUGUCAGACUUCUAAAGGCCCAGAAAUCAUGGAUCGAACGAGUCUUUCACAAGAGAGAAUGUGUGCACAUCAUACCCAGCACCAAAGACCCCCAUAGGUGUUGUUGUGGGCGUCUCAUAGGGCAGCACGUUGGGUUAACUCCAAGUAUAUCCAUCAUUCAAAAUGAGAAGAAUGAAGGCAGACUGAAUCGUAAUGAUGGUCAGUCAGAAAAGUGGUCGAUUGGAAAGCAUACUCAGCUCAGUCCCACUGAUGCCUUUGGGACAAUUGAAUUCCAGGGAGGGGGACACUCCAACAAGGCCAUGUAUGUACGUGUUUCCUUUGACACCAAGCCUGACUUACUGCUGCACCUUAUGACAAAGGAGUGGCAGCUAGAACUGCCAAAGCUUCUCAUAUCAGUCCAUGGAGGCCUCCAAAAUUUUGAACUCCAACCAAAACUGAAACAAGUCUUUGGGAAAGGCCUCAUUAAAGCUGCCAUGACAACAGGAGCGUGGAUAUUCACUGGAGGAGUCAAUACUGGUGUCAUUCGUCAUGUAGGUGAUGCUUUGAAAGACCAUGCAUCCAAAUCAAGAGGCAAGAUCUGCACAAUUGGUAUUGCCCCCUGGGGAAUAGUAGAAAACCAAGAGGACCUUAUUGGCAAAGAUGUGGUUCGGCCCUAUCAGACUAUGUCUAAUCCCAUGAGCAAAUUAACGGUAUUAAACAGUAUGCACUCACAUUUUAUUCUGGCUGACAAUGGGACAACUGGCAAGUAUGGUGCAGAAGUCAAGUUACGACGACAAUUAGAAAAACAUAUCUCGCUCCAGAAAAUUAAUACAAGAAUUGGUCAAGGGGUUCCAGUGGUGGCGCUUAUUGUGGAAGGUGGACCAAAUGUCAUAUCAAUUGUCUUGGAAUAUCUGCGAGACAGCCCCCCUGUUCCAGUUGUGGUGUGUGAUGGAAGUGGACGUGCAUCCGAUAUUCUUGCCUUUGGUCAUAAAUACUCAGAAGAAGGAGGCCUUAUUAAUGAAUCACUAAGGGACCAACUACUAGUUACUAUCCAGAAGACCUUCACCUACACUCGAACCCAGGCACAGCACCUUUUUAUGAUUCUUAUGGAAUGUAUGAAGAAAAAGGAGUUGAUUACAGUGUUCAGGAUGGGAUCAGAAGGUCAUCAAGAUAUUGAUUUAGCCAUCUUGACAGCUCUGCUAAAAGGUGCCAAUGCUUCUGCUCCUGACCAGCUGAGUCUCGCAUUAGCCUGGAACAGAGUGGAUAUAGCUCGGAGCCAGAUCUUUAUUUACGGACAACAGUGGCCGGUUGGGUCUCUGGAACAAGCAAUGCUAGAUGCCUUAGUGCUGGACAGGGUAGACUUUGUGAAACUGCUUAUAGAAAAUGGAGUCAGCAUGCACCGUUUCCUUACGAUUUCCAGGCUAGAGGAACUUUAUAACACGAGACAUGGGCCGUCAAAUACUUUAUACCAUUUGGUCAGGGAUGUCAAAAAGGGAAAUCUACCUCCAGACUACAGGAUAAGCUUGAUUGACAUCGGUCUUGUUAUUGAGUAUCUAAUGGGAGGAGCGUACCGUUGUAACUACACCAGGAAAAGAUUUCGAACUCUGUAUCAUAAUUUAUUUAGCCCAAAAAGACCAAAAGCCCUGAAGCUGCUAGGAAUGGAGGAUGACAUGCCAAUGAGAAGAGGAAGGAACACUACCAAGAAGAAAGAAGAAGAGGUGGACAUUGACUUGGAUGAUCCAGAAAUAAAUCAUUUCCCUUUCCCAUUCCAUGAGCUGAUGGUAUGGGCGGUUCUGAUGAAGAGACAGAAGAUGGCUUUGUUCUUCUGGCAGCAUGGAGAAGAGGCAAUGGCCAAAGCCCUAGUGGCAUGCAAGCUGUGCAAAGCCAUGGCACAUGAAGCAUCUGAGAAUGAUAUGGUUGACGACAUAUCACAGGAGUUGAAUCACAAUUCCAGGGAGUUUGCGCAGCUGGCAGUGGAGUUAUUGGAUCAGUCAUACAAGCAGGACGAGCAACUGGCAAUGAAACUGCUGACCUAUGAGCUAAAGAACUGGAGCAAUGCUACAUGCCUACAGCUUGCAGUGGCAGCCAAGCAUCGGGACUUCAUUGCUCACACAUGCAGCCAAAUGCUUCUGACAGAUAUGUGGAUGGGCAGACUCCGGAUGCGUAAGAAUUCGGUUCUUAAGGUGAUUCUAGGAAUUCUACUUCCUCCUUCAAUUCUCAGUAUAGAAUUUAAAAACAAAGAUGAAAUGCCAUACAUGUCGCAAGUGAAUGAACUAGAUCUCCAGGAGAAGGAAGUGGAGGAGCCAGAGAAGACUGUAAAAGACAAAGAUGAUGAUGACAUGGAGUUAACGGGAGUGGUGAGGGCGUGGAAUCGCCCACCUGAGGAAACAAUUCAAGAAAGAAUGGUGGACUUAAAGACAAAAUUAGAUGCUGCAAUGCUGGCCAGAAGCAAUGGUGAUACAGUCAGAAAGAAGGAAGAUGAUGAACAUCCACGUCAUCGGCUCAUACCGAUGGGGAGAAAAAUCUAUGAAUUCUACAAUGCACCAAUUGUCAAAUUCUGGUUCUUUACAAUUGCUUACAUGGGCUACCUUAUGCUCUUCAACUAUAUUGUUCUGGUAAAAAUGGACCGGUGGCCUUCAACACAAGAGUGGAUUGUCAUCUCAUAUAUAUUCACCCUGGGAAUAGAAAAAGUGAGAGAGAUCUUGAUGUCGGAACCAGGAAAGCUGUUACAGAAGUUUAAAGUCUGGUUGCAGGAAUACUGGAAUGUGACUGACCUCAUCUCUAUCCUGCUUUUCUCCAUUGGGAUGAUACUUCGCUUACAAGAGCAGCCUUUCAGCAGCUAUGGGAGAGUGAUAUACUGUGUUAACAUUAUCUACUGGUAUAUACGUCUGCUAGACAUCUUUGGUGUGAACAAAUAUCUUGGACCCUACGUUAUGAUGAUUGGCAAAAUGAUGAUAGACAUGAUGUACUUUGUGAUUAUCAUGUUGGUAGUGUUGAUGAGUUUCGGUGUGGCAAGGCAAGCAAUUCUCUUUCCAAGUGAAGAACCAUCAUGGACUCUAGCUAAGAACAUUUUUUACAUGCCUUACUGGAUGAUCUAUGGGGAAGUCUUUGCUGACCAAAUAGACCCUCCCUGCGGAUAUAAUGAGACUCGAGAAGAUGGGAAAAUAGUUCAGCAUCCUCCAUGCAAGACUGGGGCAUGGAUUGUCCCUGCAAUCAUGGCAUGUUACUUAUUAGUGGCAAAUAUUCUUCUUGUAAACCUUCUCAUAGCAGUAUUCAAUAACACGUUCUUUGAAGUCAAGUCCAUCUCAAACCAGGUUUGGAAAUUCCAGCGAUACCAGCUGAUAAUGACCUUCCAUGAAAGGCCUGUCUUGCCACCUCCUUUAAUUAUUUUUAGCCAUUUCACUAUGAUUUGCAAACACCUCUGUUGCCGCUGGAGGAAACAUGAAAGCGACCAAGAUGAAAGAGACUAUGGAUUAAAAUUGUUUAUAACAGAAGAUGAACUUAAGAAAGUGCACGAUUUUGAAGAACAGUGCAUAGAGGAGUAUUUUAGAGAAAAAGAUGAUCGAUUUAACUCUUCUAAUGAUGAAAGAGUUCGAGUCACUGCCGAAAGAGUGGAAAAUAUGGCCAUGCGCCUUGAGGAAGUCAAUGAACGGGAACAUUUCAUGAAGGCAUCCCUUCAAACAGUGGAUAUAAGACUUGCUCAGCUUGAAGAAAUGCUGGGAAGAAUGGCUACAGCUAUGGAAAAACUUGCUGGAGUUGAAAGAGUAGAGACAACUAAAGCAAGAUCUAGAACUUCCUCAGAUUGUACUGAUGCAGCCUAUAUUAUUAGGCAGAGCAGUUUUAACAGCCAAGAAGGGAACGCUUACAAAUUACAUGAUAUCAUAGACCCGGUUGGAGAAGAGCCAUUGUCUCCUACAUCUCCAACCCUCAUGCCUCGAAUGAGAAGUCAAUCGUUUUAUGCAACAAACUUGAAGGACAAAAGUGGGUUGGAAAAAUGUGAAGGUUUUUUUAAAGAGAGGACAUUAAGUCUGCACAGAGCUAUAAGUUCACAUUCUAUAUCAAAAGAUAUAAAACCUCCUCCUUCCCCACUUAAUUCUUUGUCAGUAGCUCCAGACUCUAGAAGGCCUUCUUCCUGCAUAGAUAUUUAUGUUUCAGCUAUGGAUGAGGUGCAGCUUGGUAUGGACUGUGGUGAAAGCUCAAUGAAUGCUGGAUGUGGUGAUCAUCUUGCUGAUGCAUCUGGAGUAAGUCGAGGCUGUAGCUCAUUUACCAACUGUGGCAGUAGUUGUAGUCGUAAUCCUAGUUUUGAGGAAGGAACAACAAUGGACACAAUUGGGUAUCUUCCAGAACACUCAAGUUCACUAAGUGGCCAAAAUCCCUGGGAUUUGGAUCCUCCAAUGUACCAGACAUUAGAGCGGUCAAAAAGCAGUCGUUUACUUGCUACGGCUCCUUUUGUUUUAGAAGAAACGCCUAUAGUUAAAUCGCAAAGCUUUAUGUUUUCUCCAUCAAAAAGCUACUAUAGCAAUCUUUAUGUACCUGUAAAGUCUGCAGAAUACACAAGUAUCACAGACUGCAUUGACACCAGGUGUGUAGGCAACACUCCGCAGGCCACUGCAGAGAGGUCAACAUCUCCAGGAUGUGUCAGAGAAAAAGUAGAAGAUCUCAGUGCUUGCCAUCCAGAAAGAGAAGCUGAGCUAAGUCAUCCAAGCUCAGAUAAUGAAGAUCCAGAUACAGAAGGAAAAAGCAAAUGUUUACCUUCUCAUGAAAGUUCAACUUCAAAAACAUUCUUGAAUAACCUAUCAUUCCCAAAAAUAGAAAGGGCAAAUAGCUAUUCUGCAGAGGAGCCCAAUGUGUUGUACCAACAGACAAAGAAGAGUUAUUCAAUAAGUGAUAAACUUGAUAGGGAGCGUAACACUACAAGCCUUAGAAAUCCAUUCCAAAGGAGUAAGUCAUCGAGGCCUGAAAGUCGAGGUGACACCUUAUCCAUGAGAAGACUCUCGAGAACAUCAGCCUUCCGUAGUUUUGAAAGCAAGCAUAGUUAGAUAUAAAACGUUUUUCUUUGGAUAAAUAAAAUGUUUAACAGUUGCCCACCCAUCGUAUUUUUAUCACAAUACAGUGACCUCACAAUGAGGAACGUGGACUUACCACUAGCCACUUGCCAAGCAAUCACUUCAACCUGGCAGCAUAAUAGCUUCUGAUUUUGAAUCGAACAAAUUCAUACGUAAGGAUUUGGAAUAUGAUUCACGUGCAUUUUAUGUCAUUCA